CGUAAAUUUUGUCUUCCCCGGCCUUCCGUCGCUCGCGCCCCCGACAUAUUGUCUACGGACAGCAAAUUCUGGAAGGGAGGGAGAGCUCACAGAUUAAAAUCUAUUUAUCGCAAGAUAACUCGGCGUUAAUUGUAUAAGUCAGCCACCAUGGAAACAGCGGCGAGUCCUGCGAGGGAGAACCACAGGAUGAACCGGUACAAGAACAAAGCGCUCAACCUGGAGGAGAUGCGCAGGAGGCGCGAGGAGGAGGGCAUACAGCUGAGGAAACAGAAACGAGAGCAGCAGCUCUUCAAGAGGAGAAACGUGGAGAUGCUGAGUGAGGAGGCGGGCCUGUUGGAAAGUCCCCUCAUGGACUCCUUCGUCAGCUCUACCACCAGCGGGGAGGGGGUCAUCACACGGAACAUGGUGGAGAUGCUCUUUUCAGAAGACCCUGAGCUUCAGCUGGCCACAACACAGAAGUUCCGGAAAUUACUGUCAAAAGAGCCCAACCCACCCAUCGAUGAGGUCAUCAACACACCUGGAGUUGUGGAGAGGUUUGUGGAGUUCCUGAAGAAGAGCAUCAACUGCACAUUACAGUUCGAGGCGGCCUGGGCCCUGACCAACAUCGCGUCCGGGACGUCCCAGCAGACCAAGAUAGUGAUCGAGGCAGGCGCCGUGCCCAUCUUCAUCGAGCUCCUCAACUCGGAUUUCGAGGACGUGCAGGAGCAGGCGGUCUGGGCCCUGGGGAACAUCGCCGGAGACAGCGCCAUGUGCCGGGACUACGUGCUCAACUGCAACAUCCUCCCACCGCUGUUAAUGCUAUUGACCAAAUCCACCAGACUGACGAUGACCAGGAACGCCGUUUGGGCCCUGUCGAACCUGUGCAGGGGGAAGAGCCCGGCUCCCGAAUUUGAGAAGGUGUCCCCCUGCCUCCAGGUUCUGUCCCGCUUGCUGUUCAGCAGCGAUGCGGACCUGCUGGCGGACGCGUGCUGGGCCCUGUCCUACCUCUCCGACGGGCCCAACGAGAAGAUCCAGGCCGUCAUCGACUCGGGGGUGUGCCGGAGGCUGGUGGAGCUGCUCAUGCACACAGACUACAAGGUGGCGUCGCCCGCCCUGAGAGCGGUGGGAAACAUCGUCACAGGAGACGACAUCCAGACACAGGUGGUGCUGAACUGCUCUGCCCUCCCCUGCUUGCUGCACCUCCUGAGCUCCCCUAAGGAGUCCAUCCGUAAGGAGGCCUGCUGGACAAUCUCCAACAUCACCGCCGGCAACCGAGCACAGAUCCAGACGGUGAUUGACGCAAACAUAUUCCCCGUGCUGAUUGACAUCCUGCAGAAGGCGGAGUUUCGCACGAGAAAAGAGGCGGCGUGGGCCAUCACCAACGCCACCUCCGGCGGCACCCCCGAGCAGAUCAGGUACCUGGUGAACCUGGGCUGUAUCAAGCCUCUGUGUGACUUGCUGACCGUCAUGGACUCCAAGAUCGUGCAGGUGGCCCUGAACGGGCUGGAGAACAUUCUGCGGCUCGGGGAGCAGGAGGCCAAGCAGAGCGGCAGCGGCAUCAACCCCUACUGCGGCCUGAUCGAGGAGGCCUACGGCCUGGACAAGAUCGAGUUCCUGCAGAGCCACGAGAACCAGGAGAUCUACCAGAAGGCCUUCGACCUGAUCGAGCAUUACUUCGGUGUGGAGGAGGAGGACGCCAGCCUGGCCCCGCAGGUGGACGAGAACCAGCAGCAGUACCUCUUUCCCCAGCAGGAGGCGCCCAUGGAGGGCUUCCAGUUAUAACAGGCCCCGCCCACUUUUCCCUCAGACACGCCCCCUCUCCCUUCCCCCCGCAACAACACAAAGGAAUCUACAGUACAGUACAUUACCACAGCAUUACCCGGCUGGGCCUAGAAGGGGGAAGGGGGGGGCAGGGGUGGUCCCGAUCAGGUUCAGAUCCAGUCCAGAGCCCCAAAGCCAGUGCCCUGGGGCGAAAGAGCCGCUAGUGACCCCACAGGGGGAAAAUGGGGGACGAAGCCCUUUUUGAGUAAGGUUUUUUUUUGUUGUUUUUUGUUUUUGUUUUGGUUUUUCUGGCAGAUUUAACCAGACCCCCCCUCCAUGGUUCACGCUCGGGAUGUGGGGGCCACAGAAGGCAGGGAUGGCAUGCUUGGGAGUUUUCGCGGGGUGGAAAUGCUGCCUGCGUUGCUUGACGUUGCAGGAAACCACGUCUUUUCUUUGCAGCCCUGCUAAAGCUAAUAGGUUCUGUCCAACAAAACAGUCUAGAGCUCAAAUUUACAGACAGCCCCGCAGCCAAAAUCUCACAUUCAGACCUUCUACUGUUCCGUUGUGAUGAUAGCAGUUGCCAUUUUAGGUGAGUUUUGGCACUGGAUAUAAAAGGCUAUUUUGCUACUGAAACUGAGGGGGCGGGGUAAAGAAAAUGUUUUUCCUUUAGCUUUUUAAAAUUAUUAUUUAACGAUUUCAGAAGACUUAACCUUUGGUUUGUUUGAAGUUCUUUUUCUUACUGCAGACAGUUUUGGGGUGGGGUGGGGGGGUGGGCGGGGGGGGUUGGGGUGGGGUGGGAUAUGAGGAAAGGCAGGGGUAGAGGUGGGGGUGAGGGAGUAGAACGAAAAGAUAAGUGCAGAUAAAACCUUAAGUAUAUAGACUAAAUAGCUUAUCAGAGCUGGUAUAAGUAGUGAUAUGUUCGUUGUGUGCCGUGUUAUGAAUUAAAAUAUUUUUAAAAGUUAAUAAAAAUGCAAGAUUAAAAAGUGUGCAACUGAGGGACAGGGCCCGCCAAUCUUUCAGCAACAAACAAUGUACAUUUGAUAUCAUUAUUUUUUAUAUAUAUCUAUAUAUAUAUAUAUACAUCUUUAAAUACAUUAUAUGAGCAUUUUGAGUCUUAAGUUGGCAUUUGUUUUUGUUUUUUGUUGUUUUUUUUUAGCGAAUUGGACCCCAGUGUAAAUACUCUGAAUGGGUAGUUUUUUUCCCUCAGCUUGCACACUUUCGAGUUUCGCAUGGGUAUGUCGUAUUCCGAGCUGUCAUGUGACCUCCCUUUCCAAAUACUUGGCGGGAAUGCAAAAAAAAAAAACACGACAGGAACGGAAAGGAAAACCGUUUUCCUUCCGUCCAGCUAGAUAACGAGGAGGCAGCUAUCGAAAAAUAAAAAUAUGUGUUAAAGCAAAAUUAUUAUUCUUUUUUUUCCUGGGGAUAUUCGGAGGAGGGAUGUAGACGGCUCGUCAGAGGAAGGACUUCGUCCUGCUGCCGUUUUCGGGGUUUGAGUUUGGGCUCGGACGUUCCGGCUGCCGUUUGUUCUGCAUUUGCGCAGUCCCCCGUUCGGCUCCUGAGGCGUACGUCAGUCAGAAACGUCGCCGACAGCUACAGGGGUUUAAAAAAAAUAAAUAAAAUAAAACAUUAGCUCCUCCUCUCCUCCACACGGAAGUGGAGGAGAGGAGGAGCCAAACCGGAUCGGAGUAGGGCUGUAGUAGAGUUGGAGUAGGGCUGUAGUAGGGCUGUAGUAGAGUUGGAGUAGAGUUGGAGUAGGGCUGUAGUAGAGUUGGAGUAGACUAGCGUGGCUGAGCUCCAGAGCUCGUCUGGUUUGUAGUGUCGUAGUGCUAUGUGUCCCAGUUCCUCCGCUUGAAUCCAGACCAAUGGUACGAUCAGCCUUUUUACUGGUCAGGUUUACUGUGGACGUUACCUCUGGUCAGUUGGCCUGCUUGCACAUGUUUAACUGCCGCUAGCUCUCUACGUCGACAGACCUGGCGAAGCUAGCUCAUUCUGGAAGUGGGACUCCGUAUGUACGUGUGCGUGAGAAAAUAUCCCACCACACACAAAGCACUUGUGUGUUUUCCAAAAUUACGACCUUGAGAAAGAUCGGAGUCGGCCGUCCCGAUAGGUCAGUUUUCAGCCAAUGUGGCUGGAGUGCUGCAGCAUUCCCUCCUCUGAAUUCCCCAACAGUCAGUAGAAGCAUGUUGUACAGAGUUAAUUUACUGUCUUACCUUUCGACUUUAAUUUUGCCCUCCGUUAUCUAGCGUACGUCAACCAAGCUUUGGCAAGGGAUGAGUUCCUAACAUUUAUGACAAAGGUGAAAACAAACUAAUGUGAUUCAUAUAUAUAUAUAUAUAUAUAUAUUUAUAUAUAUAUAUAGCAUAAAUACAUGAUUUGCACACACUACUUGCACACACGCAUUCAAGACCAGCCUCAGACACUGCACACAUGAUUGUUACACAACACAACGGGGGAAAAUGGCUUCCAUAGCUCACCUCGAAGGAGCGUCCGUACGUCUGUUAGCGUUUUUUUCUCCUUGUGCUUCUUCCCUGUUACCUGAUGAAAAUGUUCAGUCACAGAGCUCAUCCUCCUCUUUUCUUUCAUUCGUUCCUUUUUUUCGUUCUGGCAGUUUCUCUGUGUGGAUGCAGCCCGCCUGUGAUGGGGUUCCUCUCUCUUCAUUGGGGUUUAUGAUCUGACAGGCUUGCAUACCUGCAUUUUGGAUGGGGUGAGAUGGGGGGCAGGGUUGCAGUUUCAUUUGAUAAUGGGAGUAUUAAAAAUGAACUUUAAUGAGUUUAAAUCUGAUUUUUAGGAAACGGGGGGGAAAAAAUACUGAUUAAAAUGUUUAUGUCCCCCCCCCCUCUCCCUCCCCCUCAUAAUUACCUCAAAAAUGUGAACUGUGACUCACGCUGAUUUGGGUGUUUUCUGUAUGUGAGAGGGACGGGUGUGGAAGGGGAGGGGCUUCAGGCUUGAGGGGAGGGGGGUUACUGUCUAUCCUUGAGAUUUAUGGAAGCAUUUUUCUCUACCUCUACUACUUUACGCCAUACAGACGGGUGGGCGGGGCUCGGGUGGGUGUGAAGGGGGCGGGGCCGGAAGCUCUGGAUUGGCUGGCGGGACUUUGACUGACUGGGAGCUGUGUGAGGAAGAGAUUGUACUGUACCCUUUGUUUCACCUCAGUGCUCGUGUCGGACUACUGAACCAGCUGGCGUGCACUUAUACCCCCCCCUGAACACCAGGGGGCAGUAUCAGUGUUGUGUUGUAUGUUGUGCGCAGUUUUGUAACAAAGCUGCAUAUACCAAUGUUUCCAUAGAAACAUUUAGUAACUUUAAAAAUAAAUUAAAAAUGCAGCAUAAAUGAACGCCCUGUUGGAGACACAUUUAUCAGACUUUGGGGGAAUCCAGUAGCAGUUCCUGUUCAGAUUUCUAGUGUUUGACGCGUUAAUAAAUGUUCACAGCUGUGAUUAAUCCUUUUAAGAUUUCCCAGAUGCUGUGACCUUCAGGGUACUCUGAUGACUGAGUGGACUCUUGACCUUCCCAAUAAGUUGGGAUGGUGUCCUCCAUCAGCAUAAGCCCUGAAUGGGGCCCAGGUUUUUGCCAUUGGGUUUACAUUACAAGCACAACGUUGAGCUCAGUGACCGUUUAACUUCCCGAGCUGGCGAGGCGACCGUUGCGCCUCCUUUCCUGAGGGUGGCGACGGCAUCACGGUCCGCUUCCCUGGCUGGCUUUUGCCUACGGGCUCGUACGUGGAGACACUUCUGUCUGUACACAGACAGAAAACCAGGUACAUACGUGCAAGUUCACUUUAAACAAACUUUAAACAAUGCUCUUCAGAAUACUCAGAGUCAGAGUGUGGACUCUUGAAUCCCGUUCUGUGAAAUGUACUGUCUGUGAAAACUGUACAAGUGUAUACAGAACUAUACUGGGACGUAUUUGACACAUUUCCUUACCGUGCUUGAUUUGGAGAUUUGGAGUGUCCUUUUGAAAAUUGAAUUGACCCCCCCCAAUUCCAGCUGGUUCAGGGGGCAGGAGCACUGAGGUCUGCUAAGCUAACUAUGCAAACUGUGAGGGAAGCUUUCUUGCCAGGGUACCCACCAACACGUUUAAGUUUGAUUCAUAACCUGUGUGAAUAUUCCAGUAUUAUUUGGCAAUUUUUGUAGGUUUCCUCCUUUUCUAAUUUUUUUUUUUUUUUUUUUUUUUAACAUUUAUUUUUUUUUUCGGAAAAUUCUAAUUGUUAAGGGUUUUAGGGCGUGCUGGUAUUUAUUUCUAAGGUUUCUUUUGUGUUUUUUUUUUUUUUUUUAAUUCUUCAGAAUUAAAAGAUGAGAGGGAACAGUGGUGUAGAACAAGAGCACUCACUGCAAAAUGAGCAUUUACUUUAGACAAGAAAAGACAGGUAUAUAUUUAAAAAAAACAUGUACAUACUGAGUUAGAGGGAAUUACAAUGGGGUUAAAAAAAAAAAAAACACAAAAAAAACUGGAUCAUUUUUUUUAAAAAUGCACUCCUCUAUUCACUAAAGUGCCAAUCCGACCAUUUAUAGAGUUGAAGGGUCAUCUCUGUAUCUAUCUUCUCAGUCUUUGUGACUUUGUUUCUUACUUGAAUGUGCACAGAUGAUGUGCAAAAAAAACAAACAAACAAAAAAAAAAAAAAACAUUGCUGCUUAACCUCCUUAUCCUAAUGAGUUACAUUACCUGCUACGUGUUUCAGAAAAAGAAAUGAGGGAUGUGGCAUCCAUCCUUACUGUUCUUGCACUAAAUUCUUUUAUUGGAUCAGAAUAGAGGAAUUCUUGAAUCCUUUAAGGUGAAUAUCAUUGCUGUUACUGUUCUUUCCUAAUUUAUUGUGUGGAGGGCCGGUGUUUUGAACUGCUGAGAGGCGGAAGUCAUGGUUUUUUUGUUUUUUUUUUGGCACUGAGGGUUUGGCAUGGUGAUGCUGUUGGAUUGUGGGUACUCUCUGACCAUGGCUUGGAGACUUGAUGUAUCUCUACUGAACCCCGCCCCUCCUCCCAAAUGGAAAUGUAUUAUUAUUAUUAUUAUUAUUAUUAUUAUUAUUAUUAUUAUUAUCAUCAUUAUUAUUCCACCGGAGGAGAGAACUGGAGGAAGUCACAGCAGGAGGUCAUCGAUCGUCAUCUCAGUCAUGUGAUUCAGGGCGUGGCCUUUCAGAGGUCAGGGCCGUUCCUCGCAGGCUUCAGACUGCACCUCGGUGAAAAAGGCGGAUUUCGGAACCGUUUGACUUUUCAUCUCCAGCUACACCAGUCCUUUCUCCCCCCCCCCCCCCCACCCACGAUCAGUUUUUCUGCCUCCGCUUGCGUCGCCGUGGAUACAUAACGAUGAGAGGAGACGACGGGGGGGUUCUGGGAAGGUUCAGCGCUGUUUUUAAACGAGUCAAUGGAAAGAGGGGGGAAAACGAAUGGCAAGCACUUCAGAGCAGCAAUAUGACUGUCAUUAGACUUUUUUUUCCAGGGAUUAAAAACAUAAACAGAAAUCGGGAUUCUCUUCAUUGGGUCUUUGGAGUAACCACUUGACCAUUUUUUUUUUUGUUGUUUUUUGGGUGAAAUUAUGGCUUUAGAACAGUGUUGGGUCCAUAAUCCUUUGCGUCAAAAAAACAAAAUCGGUGGAACUUGUUGGCCGUGUUUUUGCAACACUCCACCAGGAGGAGGCGCUGUUGUUGUUUCUAUGGUGAUGGCAGCAGUAGCGAUGUGGAUUUGUCAUGUUUUACUCUACAGAAAAAAUAAAAAUAAACAUGGCUCCUGCUUGUCUUCCGUCCCGGAUCAUGGAAAUUUGGGAAUUUUUGGGAAGAUUUGCCCGCCUCAUCGGAAUAUCCGGGCAAGUUUUGGGAGUUGGACUUUCUCUCAUAGGUUCAUUUCCUGUUUGGUUUACAGAGACUCAUUUAUCUCGUAUUGAUUGGAGAAAGAAAAAAAAAAAACUAUUUUGAAACGGACAGCCCGAAGAUUCUGUUCCAAACCUCUUUUUUUUCAUUCUUUUGUAAUUUAUUGAGUUUUUUUUCUUCUUUUUAACGGCAUGCUUAUAACCCAUGUUAACUCUGACUGACCGACUGUGUGAAUGAGUGACAGAAAAAGGACGUAAACACAAACAAGGCAAGACACACAAACAUGAACACGGGGAAAAAAAAAACAUGUACAAACAUCAAACAUGUAUAAAAAUGAAUAAAUAUAUUGUGAUUUUUUUUCUGGGUUGCAUAUACUGUUAAAAUAAAAAUAAAAAGAAUAAAAAUGACAUGCAACCCUCAA